GUGUUAUAGGGCUUGUGGGUAAAAGAAACAUUGGACUUCAAUAUCCAUCAUCCUUUGCGCCGAACUGGUGUUUACUUCCGCGUUACGGUUAACUUCAGUUGAGACUUUAAUAGAGUUGAUCGUUCAGCGUGUGUGGGUAUGGGUGAUAUGAAGAGCACGUACCUGAGCCUGUGCAGGGAGAGCGGUGUGGAGCCCCAGGAGGGUGUCCUGUCCCAGCUGCAGAGAGGGCCACGCCUGGACCUGAGUGCACACAGCUUGUCCGCAGACACCUGCUCCGUACUGUCCAGGACUCUCCAUAAGAACCAUUCAGUCACAGAGCUUCUUCUGAGUGACUGUAUGCUCAGCGAGGAAGGGGCCAUUGCACUCUUAACUGGACUCAUUGGAAACACCUCUUUGAAAGUUCUUGAUCUGAAGGGUAAUAACCUCAGAGCUGCUGGAGCUGAAGUACUGGGAAGGAUGUUGGCUCAAAAUAAUUCAUUAAACAGGUUGGUGCUGGAGUGGAAUGCACUUGGCUUAUGGGAUGAGGCCUUUUCUCUCUUUUGUGAAGGCCUGGCCUCAAACUCCAGUCUGAAAGAGCUGGAUUUGCGGAACAAUCAGAUCAACCCCCAGGGGGCGUCAGAGCUAUCUCAGGCCCUCAGACGCAACAACAGCCUGGAAAUGUUAGAUCUGAGAUGGAACAACAUUGGUCUCUUGGGGGGGCGCUCUCUAUUAGAGGCUCUGCAGAAGAAUAAGUGUCUUGUUCAGCUGGAGAUGGCAGGAAACAACAUCCCGAGUGACAUGGUGCGAGCCCUGGAGCAGAGCACAGCCCAUAAUAGUGAACAGCAGAAUGCGCUGAGGGAGAACCGCAGCAGAACACAGGUCCUCAGUAAAGAGAUCCAGAUCCUGAAGGAGGAGAAGGGACGACAGUUUCUGAGCCUAAUGGAGACCAUAGACCGACAGCGAGAUGAGAUGGGGCGCUCAAACAGAUGUACAUCUGUGCAGAUGGCCCAACUCCAGGAAGCCCUGAAUGAGAGGACAUCAGCUGUCAGUUCUCUUACUGCCAGGUUACAGAUGGCUGAGGCCGCAUUGGCUCUGUCUGAACAGAAAAAUACCAACAUGGCCACUCUGCUCACUCAGACAAAGACUGAGAAGGAGAAACUUUGGGAACAGCACAACCGAGAGAAGAAAAAAGAAAUUGAGGACAAUGCUCUUAAAGAAAGCAAGCUUCUCAAAGAAAUUCAGAGUCUGACCAACAACAAUGUUCAGUUACGAAACAAGGUGGAAGAAAUGGAGUGCAGGUGCAAGUCCCAGCAGCAGAACAUUUUUGAGCUCAAACAACAACUGACCAACAGCACAGCGGAGCUAAAGAUUCGGCUGGCUCAAGCAGAAGAUCGGCUGGACAAAGAGAAGCUGUAUUCAAAACAGGCUUUGGAGAACCAGAACAGUCUGCACCACAAAGAGGUAGAGAAUGUUAAUCGCCAUCUAGAGGAGAGUGAGAGAGCUUUACAAGAACGUAUUUUUAAACUUGAAACACAAAGAAUCCAAUUGGAAGAGGAGGUGAGCCAGGCCAAAGCUUUAUGUGCAAGUGAGCGUGCCCAGGCGCAGGAGGAGCUCAGCUGUGUGAGGGCACAGCUUCGACUGGAGGAGAGGGAGCAGGUGUCCUCCUUGAAGGAGAAGCUCUCCUCCCUUCGCUGUUCUCUGCAGGAGGCUCAGCUGCAUGCAUCCCAACAGAAGGACUUCAUCUCGGAGCUGCAGGCCCGGAGCAGCCAGCACAGCCUGGAGGUGGACACUCUGAGAAGGAGGAUUGACGAGCUACAGCAGGAACUGUCGGGGAAAGAGCAGGAGAAGGUGGUGGAGGUGAACAAGGUGCGGGUGGAGCUUCAGGAGCAGAUCGGGCGUUUGGAGACUGAGAGGGCAGCUCAAACUGGACUCAAAGAGAGGAUAGGCGUUUUGGAGAGAGAGAUGAAAGUGCAGAGCAGCAACCACAGGGAGGCGCUCCGGGACAAAGACAGUGAGAUCACGACAUUGUUGGAGAAAGUGCGGCUGAGAGACGUUCAGAUCCAGAGAAUAACAGAAGCGGAGGCACAGAGAGCCAGCUACCUGCAAAGUGCCAUUCUCACCUAUGUACAGAGCUCUCCACUAGGGCACUUCAGCAGCCCAAACAAGCCCCUCUGAGCCACACAAACUGUUCACAGUCCAAGGAGCACAUGCACAAUUUCUAGAGGUUAUGCAGAUCACAGGGAGUGGCAAAGGCACUGAGGAAAUAAUGAUUGUCAAGUGAAGACAAUAGCUCUACAGACAAAAAUUAGGCCAGAAAAAGCUAAUUUAAGGAGACAAAGCUUAAUUUCAACUGUGUCCAAUCAUAAGAUCUGUGUCAUUGAUAACUUGUGAGCUGCUAUGUCAGUGUCAACUGGAUAUUUAGCAGAAUUGUAGACUUUUAUAUUUGUUAAGCUGUAGCCUACACUCAUAUAGCCUACCUUUGCCACUCGCUAAGACACUUUCAUGAUGUCAUCUGCAGGCAGAUUUAUGAUGUCAUCUGCAGAACCUCUGUUGAGAUCUUGCUUCCAAACCACAACCUUACCACACAGAGGCAGACAGGAGAUAUGCUAACAACUCUGCCACCAUAACAAAACCAUGCUUCACACAUCCACAUACACAUCUACACAAAUCUUAAUGUAAAGGUCUCCAUUGGCUGUGUCUACUGUAUUGAUUAUUAAACUUUAAGAAAGAUUCACUGUUGCCUAAUGUGAAACAAUAUGAAGUUUUUUAAACCAUGCCAAUGCUGGUACAUUUUUGUACACUGUAAAAUCAGGUAAACCCAGCCUAAUCAUGCUGAUCUGCAUUUGCUCCUUCAGAUGCUGUUUACUUUUAUUAAAGUCUUUAUAAAACUGUCA